CCCAGUAUUUUCUAAUAUUUUCCCAAGAAAAAAAUGCCGGGUCUGACUCUAGGAGACACUAUACCAAACCUGGAAGUGGAAACCACACAUGGGAGGAUCAAGCUCCAUGACUACAUCGGAGAUAGCUGGACCAUAAUCUUCUCCCACCCAGGCGAUUUCACGCCGGUGUGCACUACGGAGCUCGGUAAGAUGGCUGCGUAUACUGAGGAGUUUGCUCGGAGAGAGGUGAAGCUCUUGGGAUUGUCCUGUGACGAUGUGCAGUCCCACAAGGAGUGGAUCAAGGACAUUGAGGCCUACACUCCUGGGAGCAAGGUGACGUAUCCGAUCGCUGCGGAUCCAAAGAGAGAGAUCAUCAAACAACUAAACAUGGUGGAUCCGGAUGAAAAAGACUCCUCUGGAAACAAUCUACCGUCUCGAGCUCUCCACAUCGUUGGCCCUGACAAGAAGAUUAAGCUGAGCUUUCUUUAUCCGGCGAGCACCGGCCGGAACAUGGAUGAAGUGCUGAGGGCGCUGGAGUCACUGCAGAAGGUGGCGAAGCACAAGAUCGCAACUCCGGCGAACUGGAAACCGGGGGAGCCGGUGCUGAUACAGCCAAGCGUGUCCAACGAGCAAGCCAAACAGAUGUUCCCUCAGGGUUUCCAGACUUGUGGUCUUCCAUCCAAAAAGGAAUACCUUCGCUUCACCCAAGUCUGAUCGUCCCACCACCAUAUAUAUAUAUAUAUAUAUAUAUAUCUCUUCUACUAGUUAUAUGAAGUUGUAGUACCUUUUUCAUUUUCCUUCACUCCACAUGUUCCAUGAAAUGCCUCCUUGUGUAAAACUUAUGUACUUAUACAAGUGCGUAUUUAUAAUAUGACUUAAUUUAA